AUAAAUUAAAAAUAGAAUGUGUAUUUGAACAUCUAAAAUUUUUCAUUUCACUAUAUUUAAAUUUAUUCUCCCAAAAAUCUGCUUUAUAUCAUAAAUUUAUUUUACAUCUAAAUUAAGUUAGGAAUUCCUAAGUUAAAGAUGUAAUAAAGAAUGAAGGAUGCAAUUAUACAUUCAAAAUGAAAUGAAGAAACAUAAAGAACCAGAAUUAUCGAAAUCUAUCAAGUUCGAAGGAUUUAGUUCAUAUAAAUAUGAAAUAAAUUGAAUAUAAGGCAGCAUCAAUAUGCUAUUCAGAGGCAUCAAUAACUACAAAAGCAUGAAUAUUAUCUUAGAUUAAACUGACAGUUCAGGAGCUUUGUGGUUAGGAGACUACACUGCAGCAUUCAAUUAAUAGCUCUUGAAAUAAAAGAAUAUCAAAACUGUAUUAACAGUAGCAUCUGGAUUGAAUGUUAAAUACCCAUCUAAUGCCGAUAUUGUCCAUAAAGUUUACAAUAUUCUAGAUAUUGAAUCAUGUAAUAUCAAGAGAAUAUGGGGAGACACCUAUUAAUAGAUAGACGAGGGACUGCAAAAGGGAAGUGUGCUUGUGCAUUGUGCUGCUGGUGUUUCCAGAUCAGCUGCAACAGUUAUCGCCUAUCUUAUGAGAAAAUAAGCAAUGUCAUUUUCGGAAGCCUUUUAAUUUGUAAGAUUAAAGAGAAGUGUAGUUUGCCCUAACUUUGGAUUCCAAAGACAACUCAAACAGUUUGAACGAGAAUUAUAGGGUGGAAAUGGGAAGCCUGACACUGAAAAUACUUAAUAAUAAUCAAUAUCUUAAUAAUAGCAAUAAGCAAUAAAACCAAUUGUGUAAUAGCAAUAAUUAUCAAAUUUAACAAUACAACCUCACUCAGUUCCAAUAUCUGAAAAGAAAUCAACGGUGAGAAGAAAUUAGUUAACUCCAGCUUCUAAAUUCCUAAAGCCAGCUUAUCAGAGUAGUGUUAAGCCAGCUUAAGCUUUAAAAAAGUGAUUUUAUAUUUUUAUUAAUUUUAUCAUCAUUAUAUAUAUAAAUAUAAAUUUCUAAUAUUGAAAA